AUGAUAGCUUUUCUGUUGCCUUGGAUACAAAGGAGCAUUCCAAUUGUGCUUUUCGGGGUGUAUUAUGGGUUUUUAUCAACAUUGCCAAUCGGUCCAGCUCAGAUGUAUUAUCUCAGAUCCUUGUUGAUUAAGGAUAAGAUCUUAGAUACAAAUGGUGAUAAAAGCAUUCCUACGGGAAAAUUGAUUCUUAGCGGUUCGUUUCUUGGGAUUCUUUUCUCCAAUGUGUUGUUCCCUUGGAUGAAUAAUCCGGUGAUCGAGUUUUUUCUUGGAGUCACUCUCCAAUUGCUGAAUCCUGCCCUUUUCGGUAAAUCCGUCUAUCCGCGGCUCAUCAACAUCAUGUUAUUUAGGUACAGUGGAAGCCUUUUAUUUCUGAUGAGCACUGCAGCCGGAUGGCUCACAGGGCAAAUUUUAUUCGUCAAAAUCACGAACCUCUUUUGUUUACGCGUCGAAGGCGAUUCGCCUUUAAAACUGGGCAAAAGGAGGCAGCUCUUUGCUUUGACUUUUCAAGUCAUUUUCUUUGGUUACUUUAUGCUGGCAUGCUGCGGGAAAAAUCCGUCACUUUUCAUGACGAAAUAUGUAGAUAAUCGAGCCUUUCUUCAGGGCCCUCUAGAAGAAUUUGAGGAAUCUUCGCAAGAACUUGAUCAAAAGAAAAAAGCUUACAAAGAUGAUUAUAAACAAAAAACUUCAAAGAAGAAAAAAAAAAUUAAAGCUUCUGUUGAUAAAGCUGUUUCUCUUUCUUCCCUUUCUCACAAAAUGAGCCAAGUAGCCGAAUAUUUCUUUGAUGCUUGUCUCAGUGAUGGGCAUCAAAGACUAUCUUUCACAGCUCCACCCAGUAUCUCUUUCUUUGCAAAAAUGGUAAACCUCGGCGAUCAAAGUCUUGAUCGAAAUCAGGAUCACCUUUUUGAAUGGGUAUCAAAAAAAGGAGAGAAAAAAAGCUUCCUAGCACUCGAACUUGAAGAUCGAGUGAGAGCUCUAAGCAAUGGAUCCCCUCUUGUAGAUGUGAUAGAAAAAAAAAUCAGAUUUUCUAGAACUAAAGAUGGAAAUUAUCUUCCAGAAAUACACGAUCCUUUACUGAGCGGGCCAUUCCGCGGGUCGAUGAAUCAAUUUAAAUCACCGUGGAUGCUACCUCCAGAUGAUUCUACCGAGCAAUUACAGAAAAACGCCCAUGAUUCUACCAACCAACUUGAUCGAAUUUCCUUCAUUCGACCAAAAAAUAAGGAGAAAAUCGUUCAACCACGAAACGAAAAAAUAAAAAUUAUUUCCAAAUGGUGGCUCGAUAAAAUUCAUAUCUUCUUAUUAGAAGAACAGGAAAAAAGGAAAUUUUUGGAUGACGCUUCAUUGGCAAAUUUAUUGUCAAGAUUUGAAGCUGUUUAUCCGAAAGAUUCAGUCGAAUAUGUGUUGAAAACAUUGGCUCCGGCGCCUCUAACCAGACGGAUAGAAAAGGAAAUCGCUUCUUGCAAUAAAAAAAUAUUCAUUCAAUAUUUAUUGCAGAUUUUUCUUGAAACCACCGGUACGAAAUCGGAAUUGCUUGUUAGCGUUCUUCCUACGGAGCAGGCUUUACUUUAUGAGCGAUUUUUUUUAAUGAGCUCAGAUGAACUACCAAAUUCUAAGAAGAAAGCGAUUGUUAAUGAUUAUGAACCUCGAAUCCGAGACUUUAAUAGGUGCAUUGUGCCUAAAUGGCCCUCAACGAUAAUAUCGGGCAUUUAUGAUACUAUGUGUGUCAAAGAUUGUUUGGAAACUCGUCCAAAAAAAGCUCGGCAUUUAAUUGUUAUUAAACCCUUUGAGAAAAUAAAAGAGCUAGAGCUUGAAGAUGAACAAAAAAAGAGCGAACAAGGAAUUCUGAAAGGCUUCUCUCAAUGGUUCAAAGAUGAGAACCAACAAUCAGAAGAACAAGAGCAAAUACCAGAACAAGAAAUAGCGAACGAAGCGGAGGACGAAGCAGAGGAGGACCUCGUAACUAAAGACAUACAUGUCUUUAGUUAUCCAUAUGAAGGAGAUUUUCAUAGAUUUUUAGUAAAAGGAGCUGUCCGUUCUCAAAGACGAAAAGUAUCAGUGGUCAACAAUUGGAUACCUCGACCACAGUCGAGUCUUUUCGAGAGACUAAAAGAAAUGAUGCAAAAGCCACGUCGCAAGCCAAAUCCUAAAAGGGAAAUCAAAAAAGAUAUUACGAUUUCAAGACUCGUAAGAUAUUUUGACAUUCGGCCAGAUACUGGGACAGAAAAUAUUCAAACGAAUGACGAGCCUCCUGUAAUGAUUAGGACCACCCCUACAUCGAAUAUUAAAUUCUCUUUGGAAAUAAUGGAAGAUCCAUUAGAACCAUUUUCAAUGCAGAUCCAAGAUUUGGAUCUCGCAGAUCCAGACAAUUGGACAAUUACGAUUCAUGAGCGAAUCAAGCAGAUGAAUGAAGAAUAUUUGUUGAAUCGAGAUAUUCAUAAUAAAUUGCGAGCUGACUUCGAAAAUUGA